AUGACAAACCCAUCCCCCUCCCAAUACCUCCACACCUCAGGCGCCACCAACCCCGUCUGGACCCUCCACCAACCCUACACCUCCCACCCGCGCUUCCCCCAACUCACCACCUCCGUCACCACCCCCUCCCACUCCCCCACCAUCGUCAUAAUCGGCGCCGGCAUCGCAGGCAUCCAAACCGCCUACGAACUCAUCCUUCGCAACCACAACAACUACCGAAUCGUCCUCCUCGAAGCGCGGGACGUCCUCUCCGGUGAAUCAGGCCGCACCUCCGGCCACCUAACCAACGACCUAGACGACGGGUAUGUACAAAUCGCCAAGAAGCAUGGUGAGAAGGGAGCGAAGCUGGCAGCGGAGAGUCAUGCGUGGGCGAGGGAUAGAGUGGAAGAAGUGGUGAGGGAGUUGGGGAUUGAAUGUGAGUUUCGGAGGGUGAGGGCUUAUGAUGUGAGUCAGUAUUGUAGGGGGGAGGAGGGAUAUGAGGGGGAGAUGGGGGAGUUGAGGGGGGAGGCGGAGAUGCAGAGGGGGUUGGGGUUGGAGACGAGGUUUGAGGAAAACCUGACCGUCCGCGGAUGGAACGGCAAACCAGACCAACGCGGCGGAAUGAUCUCCGAAAACCAAGCAACCUUCCACCCAACCCGAUACCUCGCCGGCGUGCUGGCCUGGCUCAAGACCCAGCCCAACUUCAGCUGCUACACCCGCACGCGCGUGACCAACAUCCAAGAACAAGGCAUCGAGGUUCUGGGCCUGGGCCACAAAUCCGUCGUGGUCACCACCGAAGCGGGCCACACCAUCCACGCCGACUACGCCAUCGAAGCGACCUGCAUCCCCUUACAAAAGCUCUCGGUGGUGGCCGAGCUGGAGUUCUUUCGCUCGUACUGCAUCGCCGUGCGUGUGCCGCGGGGUAGUGUUGAGGAUUGUCUGUUGUAUGACAACGCGGAGGCGUACAAGUAUGUGCGGUUGACGGCGUGUGAUGAGAAGGAUGACUAUCUCGUCGUAGGUGGGUGUGACCAUAAGGUUGGGCAGGCCGAGACGCUGCCGCGUUUCGAGGAACUGGAGAAGUGGACGAGAGAACGGUUCCCGCAAGCGGGGAAGACGGAUUACAAAUGGAGUGGACAGAUUUUCGAGCCGGUAGAUUACAUGGCGUUUAUUGGUAAGAAUCAGGGGAAUGACAAGAUCUUUAUUGUGACGGGGGAUUCUGGCGAUGGAUUGACGCAUGGAGUGUUGGCUGGACGGUUGAUCGCCGACGAGAUCGAGGGGAAGCCGAACGAGUGGGCGUCGCUGUACAAUCCUAAACGACUCGGGAGUAUCGCCAAGUCUCUACCGACGAUGAUCCAGCAUGAUGUGCAGAUUAACAUGCAGUACAAGAGGUUCCUGCAGUCGGAUAUAUCCGAUAUUGAGGACCUAGCCCCAGGUUGUGGCGGUGUGUUGAACACGGGAACCAGCAAGCCCUUGGCUGUGUACAAAGACGAUAGGGGUGAAGUAACCACGUACAGCGCGCUGUGUCCACAUAUGAAGGGUGUGGUGUGUUGGAACCACGCCGAGAAGAGUUUUGACUGCCCGGUUCACGGCAGCCGGUUCUCUGCCAACGGGAUCUGUCUCAGCGGCCCUGCUAAAAUGAACCUUUCCCCGGCCGACAAGAAAGCCGCUGCAGACCAGGAGUAUGACUCGGGGAAGGAGGUCUGA